ACCUGUGUAAAGGCAAUCACUUUCAUUAUUCUCUGUGCUAAUAUCCAGCAGGCGCACAUGGACUACCCAUACACAGCUGACAUGUGGAUGUUACUACCCCGUCUAAGAUGUCUAAAUGUGAGUUGAUUGAGCUCCAAGACCUCAGUGUGAAUGACCCUAUUGAGCUAGCUGCUCCUGGGACACACCACACACCUGCACCCACGGUUCUGCCUGCGGGACCAUCAGGCUUCUCCCACGUGGUGCGCCUGGUGGGGGACAGAGUCAGUAUUGAGACAGCGCUCUCAGAAAAGACUGGACUAGGACACGACUUCCAGCCCUUCAGACAGACCCAUCCCACCUGGUGUGAUCUGUGUGGGGACUUUAUUUGGGUUCUUUACAAACAGCAGAGUCUGCGGUGUGCCAAAUGCUGCUACACUUGUCACCACCGCUGUCGCCCAUUUAUCCAGCUGGACUGCAGCACAGAUGAGGGGGCACCCACUGACAAGCCAGGCUCUCCGGGGGACUGCUUCGAAUCAGACACAAAUGUGGAUGAUAAUAUUGAAUGGGAUCAACAGGAGUUAAGUCAUGCAGAGAUUCAGCAAAAGAUUUUAGAGUAUAAUUCCCAGACCAACAACAAUCUUCAAAUGGUCAUCCAGAAAGAUGGCUCUUACACUGGUUUCAUUAAGGUGCACUUUCAGUUAGUCCGCCCAAUUUCCCUGCCCCCUCCUCAGGGUAUGCGCCCAUUGGAUGCUCAGUGGGAUGAAAGGAUGAGACGGCGAACAUCUUUCUAUCUACCUAAAGACGCUGCGAAACACCUCCACAUAAGUUCUCAAACACAAGUCCAAGAGGUCAUCAUAGCCUUGCUCAACAAGUUCACUGUGGUGGACAACCCAGCAAAGUUUGCCUUGUUCGAACGGACUGAGAGACAAAAUCAGGUGUUUAUGAGGAAAUUGUCUCAGGAUGAGCGUCCCCUGUACCUGCGUUUGUGUGCCGGCCCCAAUGAAAAAGUCCUGAGUCUAGUUUUGAAAGAGAAUGAGACUGGGGAAGUUGAUUGGGAUGCUUUCAGUUUUCCUGAAUUGUGCAACUUCCUGAGAAUCCUGCAGCGUGAAGAAGAGGAGCAUGUACGACAAAUUGUGAAGCGCUACACACUGGCCCGAGAGAGGAUGAUGCAUGCAAUGUCCAAGUUUAAAAGCUGCAGUUGA